ACCUUCGGGCACUCUGAAAUAAAAUUCAAAACAAGCUUCUGGCGUCGUCUUUCAAAAAUUCGUGAAUGGUAUAAGAUAAACGUGGAAUGGCGUCCAAAGUGGAGCAGCAGUACAAGCUGCUUAACGCGGAGCUGAUGGACCAGGUGCAGAAGCAGCGCAUGGAGAUCGGCGAGUACAGGAAGCGUGUAGUAGCGCUAGAGCGGGAAAAUAUGGAUCUACGGGAGGCUCAAGUACUGCAGAACGAUCGCCAGCGAUUAGAGAACAUCAGCAUCGUUCGUAAUUUAAUGCAGCGCCUGAAUCUUGAACACGACUGUCUGGUAGGGAAUCAGGAUUCAGCUCACGUGGUUAGCAGGCCAAGUGUCCAGCGUCGUAGCUCAAGGGAAAUCUGCAAGGACAUGCGAAGGACAAGCGCAUUGGCCCGCACGACGAGAACCACCUCGCCUACAAGGACUGCUCCAAUGUCUAGCACUACUUCGUCAAGCAGUCGGCGAUCCAGUGUCGAGGCGCAUACCAAUGUGGAGGACGCAAUAGCAACAGAAGAGCGGAGGCCUACUAGGCACACACCGCCGCCACGAAGACCUGCGGAGAUGAUGUUCGACGAGGAUGAAUCUGAGGAAGAAUCCAGCGCAGAACCUAGCCCAGUGCCCCAGCAAAGUAAAAGCAACGAGGAGGCAAGGACUGACGAAAACCAGGAGAACGAACGCCUGUACAGCAUUGUUGAGGAAAACGACAGUGGAGAGGAUGCUUCGGAAUCUUCUUCGUCUUGUGAGGCCAUCUACUGCGACACCACCAUAGAAAGUAGUCCGCCAAACGGCGGAGCCCCUGCCACACCCUGUGGUCGAGCUCUUCGAGAAGUAAACACCAAUGUCCCGGAAUCUGUCUCGUUAAUUCGGGGAAAAGAGACUUCGAAAUCCAGACUGGCCAUUCCCGGUCAGGAAGAAGACUCCGUACAGGAGCCGAGUAUACAGUGCCCCAGACUGACUGUCACUAGGCCCAGUUACAGCUCCGGAAGCUUCCCUGAUAUCGGAACCACUCCGAGGCGAAGCUUGUUCAACGGCAUUGCCCAAGUGGCCGGUUGCACCAGUACGCCAAAAUCGUUUGUCGUCGAGGAAGUUCCUUCUGUUAAAAGUCGGACCAGGAAAACGGCUCAAAAAAAAUCGGACACAAUUGAUACAUCGUGUUCUUUAAGCACUAGCGGGAGACCGAGACGCAGCUGUCGCCCUUCCAGUAUGGCGGAGCCCAAUCUUAAAAAGAAGAUGCGAAACGAACCGAAGUCCAAAGCCAAGAAGUGACCUUUAGGGCUCUUACAGUUGUUACUUGUCCUUAAUGUUCAUGACGUUUCAUAACUUUGUACAAUUAGAUAUUGAUUAUUUAAUAUUUUUAUGUAUCAGGCCAGUUACGACUUAUGCAGGUCGAAAUUUGAAUUUAACUUUUAAUCUUUAGCCAAAUUUCAUUUACCAAGCUCAUUUCAGUAAAAUAAACAUUUCAGCUCAUCCAGUCACAGGGAGGAAGACAAAUGUCAUCACGCAAAGAAGCCAAUAGGAUUUUAUAAUAACGUUUUAAUGCUACCCUUAAGAAUAUUUUCAAUUGUGAAUAAAACAACGUUCAAGAUGA